AUGGAAGAAUAUAAGAAGAAUUCCAUUGUUGUGAAUGAGAGUCUUAGUAAACGUGACAAGCGACGUCAACAGAUUGCAUCUCGCCUCAAUAAAUUAGAAGUUACCUUUGGGAGUGAUAGAGAUAAUUUCUACCGAGCUCUGCUUCAUAAUCUUCAAACCACGUUGGCUACUCUUCAACAAGGUACAAAUGAAGAAUAUAUUCAGAAAAAGGAAGAUCUUGAAGAGACAAGAGAUUAUGAACUUACACGGUUAAGACUUUGGGAAGAAUAUCAAGUCAAACGAAUAGAAACUGAAUAUAACGAAGAUUUAUUAAAGGCAAACCAUAAUCAUGAUAAGAUGAUUAAAUUAAUAAAGGAAAAAUUAUACGAUAAAUUAGAAAGACAAAUAAAACAACUCAAGGAUGACAAGUUAUUGUUGAACCUCGUGAAUGCAAACUCUUGGAAAGGAAUCAAUGGGAAUAGUGGUACCUCAUCAUCAGUUCUUUCAGCCGCUGAAGCAGCUAUAUCUCUGCAUGAAAGAAGAUCAUUAAGGAAAAGAGAAACCAGUCUGAGGUUUACAGCUGGAGAAGCAGAUGAUUUAUCAGAUGGUGGGAACAAUAUUGGAGGAGAUUUCGGUGGAAGAACAUCUGCAGGAGGAGGUGGAGGUGGUGGGAAUGGAUAUUUUUCAUCUACAUUUAAUGGAGGUGGCUAUUCAUCAUCAACGAAACGAAGAAGACAUUAUGCUACGAGGUAUUCAUCCAAUGAUGAAUCUUCCGGAGUUGCCAGUAAUGGAACGUCAAGAAAUGGAGGCCAUCUGAAUGGAGGAGGACUUAGCAGUGGGAAUGAUAGCAAUCUUAGUGAUAAGGAUUAUGAUACUUUGAAUACCAUCAUCAUGGGUAAUGAAGACGGAGGAGUCUCAUUGGAGCUAUUAGACAAAGCGACUAAUGGAAACACUAGCAAUACCGGUAACGGUCUGCACAAGCCAAACACCAGAGGUUCAAACAAACAAUUCACAGGACUUUCCGGUUUAAAGCCAGAAGAAUUGAAUGACGAUUUGACAUUGUUACGGAAUGCUAUAAAGAAGGAUAAAUGA